GGUGACUCGAGACCUCGGAGUCAACCGAGUGCUUCAAGUUUCCAGCUUUCACGAUUUUCUGGUUGAUGCGGAGCCUUUUUUUCGCUUCGUCCCUUUGCUCAGAAGCGUUUGAAAGAUAGGUUUCGCCCAAAACAAGACCUGGAGUGCGCCCGCUGUUCCCUGAAAUGCACGGCCGCCACUCGGAAAUAUAAGCUCGUUCUUGCCCGCUGCCUGCCUACAUUCUUUCCCCUCAUAACAUCGAAACCUCAAUCCUGGAAGGUUCAGGGUCCGCAGUCACAGAGAGAAUAACCUUCCCGUUUCGCCGGAUACCGAACAGAGUAUAUCCUGUUGAAAGCCAUCAUGAGUUGCAGCAUUUGUCACCGCCCGCACGAUGCGAAGAAGCUGCCGUUUCUUUGUGUGGUCGAUGCCAGGAAUGUCCUCUACGAGAGCCGCGUCGAGUAUGCUCAGGCGCUGAUCGACAGCGAAGAGGCCGAGCGCCAGGUUGAGGCCGUCUUGUUGGGCCAGGAAGGAUCGUCGACAGCCCAGAAGCCGACAUCGAGUGCCCGCAUCGAUCGGCUGAGAGCUGAGGAGGCGGCCGCCCGCGACCGAACGAACCAGAUCAUUGCCCAGGCCGACCGGUUGAAGAGGGAGAUGGAGGCUGCGCGGAAGGAGAUUGCGGCGAAGAAAGACGCAAUUUCCAGGCGGAAGUCGGAUCUAGCAUCGGUCUCGGCUGGUAUCGCGGCAAGGCGGAACAGACAGCUGGAGGAGGUGGAGCGGUCCACCCAAAGACUGAAGUACAAGUGGAAUCGUGUUGCCGACGACAUGGCCGAUAUCAGGGCAUUUCUGUGUGAAGGAUCCGCUCGGUUGUAUGGACUUCGUCAGAUCAAAAAGGGCAGCGUCAAGCGGUACGAGAUUGGCGGUGUCGAGAUAUUCGACCUCCAUGCCAUGAACAGUCUGUCACCCGAGAUGAUUUCGACAUCCUUUGCGCACAUUGCUCAUAUUUUGGUGCUGGCUGCUCGUUAUCUGGGUCUUCGGUUGCCGGCAGAGAUUACGCCGCCCCAUGCCGACUAUCCUCGGCCAACCGUCUUCUCGCUUGCGUCGUCUUACAAGCAUGGAGAAGUCCCUUUUCCCGGGUCGCUAACGGCGCAGAUUCCAUCGGUAGUCGGUGACGGCGCCGAGAAGGAGCAUGUCCCACGGCCUCGGCCGCUGUUCAUUGAGAAGCCGCUUCCCACGCUGGCCAAGGAAGACCCCUCUGCAUAUAAGCUGUUCCUGGAGGGCGCGGCUCUGCUGGCGUACGACAUCGCCUGGGCGUGCUGCUCGCAGGGCGUGUCAAUUGGCGACAAGGACUCGUAUGAGGAUGUGUGCAAUAUCGGCCAGAAUCUCUGGCGUCUCCUGAUUGGUGACCAGCUUCACCGUCGAUCUGUGCAGCCGACAUUCCGUUCUCCGCUCACCCCGCCCGCCGGAAGCCCCAGAGACGACGGCCGCGGUGAGAUCGCCAACCCACGGUCAACGAUUGGUCGCUGGUCGCACGCAACGCUGCAUAGCUAUCUUGGGGGACCCGAGGGGACGGAAUUCGUCCGGAGCUUUAAGAUUGUACCGCCGUUAAAGCUGGCCGAUCGACUGAAGCAGCGCUUGUCGAGCGAGGCUCCGAUGCUGGAAUGGGAGAAGAUUGAGGGCGACGAGCUCGACGAUGGUUUCGACGACGGGGUGUUUGUGCGAGGUCACGGCGCUGGCAGAUCUGCUCCGCGACGUGGAGAUCUCGACGCUGCUAGCGUUAUGACGGUGCGGACUGUUGGGUCAAGCGACGGGGCCGCUCCCGAGAAUCGUGCCAACACUGGCAGGGGGACAAGUGGCUGGACGAGGCUAAAGAGCCGAUAGAUAGCAUACCGUAGACGAGACAACAAGGUGCAGAAGUGACAAAAAAAGACUACGGUCCUCUUUCUGGCCCGCCCA